AUGCACAGGGAUAAGUGCUGUGGGACACAUUAAGGCUUCCUGGAAGACCCAGUAUUAAGCUCCUGAAAUAUCAGGAGAAGUUAGCCAGGCAGAGGCUGGCUGGUAAGCGUGUCCCAGGUAGAGCUGGGGGCAGGCAGGGCCUUGUGGACUGAUGAGGGAUGUUCACCUGCACACUGGGGUGGUACCUGGCCCUGCCCUGGCCCCUGUGUGAGCUUAUCGUGUGCUGAGACCAUCAUGAUCCUCUGCUGUCAGAGGCUCCUGAAGGAGUGUCGUCUCCUUGCUUUGGGGUGGGAGGAGUUGAGCUAGUUGUGGUUGCCAGAAAACCCGUCUAAUCCAGGAUGUACGGUCACCCCUAAUUAAUUACUGACUUUAUAUCUAGGAUGAUCACACAUCCUGGAUUAUGCCUGAUGUCCUGGAGUAAUUAAUAGCACCUCCUUUCAUACUCAAGCGUCCUGGUUUGAAUGGUAAAUUAUAAGGUCACAUUUUUUUAUGCAGCCCUCUUAUAACAACCCUGUGAAGUGAGCAGAUUAUUGUUAUUCCCAUUUCACAGAUGAGGAACGUGGGGCUUAAAGCUCUUGGGUGACUUUCCCUGGGUCCCACCCUCUUUGAGUGGCAGGGCCAGCUCUCCAGUCCCAUGAGAUAUCUCUGAUUCUCCAUCGAGGGCAGCUUCCUCCUCACUCCCGUGCCUCAGUCCACCCUGGAAUGAAUACCCUUUGUUAGCUUCCCUGCAGUGCCAUUUUUCUUCCUUUCCCAAGAGGGAGCCCCAGAGAGCGUGUGGGAUGAGGAAAGCCACUGUGACUGUUCCCACCCGUUUUGGUUCUUCCCCAGGCCCUAUCCAGAUUUCCCACCCACCCCUUCCUGCUGAAAUGACCUAAAUCCUAGGAUCCUGCCCCAAAUCUGGAAAUUGUCAUCCUCCCACCACAGUUAGAAAACAGCCUGAGAUCUUAGCCCACCCCACUUUUUGCCCCUCCUGGAGCUGCUGAUCUUCUUCCUUUCCCUGACAUGGGAAUGUCCUCCUCUCCCCACCCCAGGCCGCGUGUCGAUAAAAGACCUGAGCAGAGACAAUUUUGUCCAAGUCUGUGCACCCCGCAGUUAAGAAGUCCUUAACUUCACAUCGUGCCCCCAGUACCUACUGUGAACCCGGGCACGCGGGGCAACGGCACACUUGUGCAUUUGGGGUCCACUGGCGCUGAUGCAGGGGGCGGGGUUGCUCUGAGAGGCCUUCUGCUUGACCCCUGCCUCUGCCAGGUGUGCCCCUGAGAGCCUGAAGACUCGCACCUUCUCCCAUGCCAGCGACACCUGGAUGUUUGGGGUCACAUUGUGGGAGAUGUUCACCUAUGGCCAGGAGCCCUGGAUUGGCCUCAAUGGCAGUCAGAUCCUGCAUAAGAUUGACAAGGAGGGGGAGCGUCUGCCCCGGCCCGAGGACUGCCCCCAGGACAUCUACAAUGUCAUGGUUCAGUGCUGGGCUCACAAGCCAGAGGACAGACCCACCUUUGUGGCCCUGAGGGACUUCCUGCUGGAGGCCCAGCCCACUGACAUGCGGGCCCUUCAGGACUUUGAGGAGCCAGACAAGCUGCACAUCCAGAUGAAUGAUGUCAUCACCGUCAUUGAGGGGAGGGCUGAGAAUUAUUGGUGGCGCGGGCAGAACACACGGACGCUGUGCGUGGGGCCCUUCCCUCGCAACGUGGUGACCUCUGUGGCCGGCCUGUCGGCCCAGGACAUCAGCCAGCCCCUGCAGAACAGCUUCAUUCACACAGGGCAUGGUGACAGCGACCCCCGGCACUGCUGGGGCUUCCCUGACAGGAUCGAUGAACUGUAUCUGGGAAACCCCAUGGACCCUCCCGACCUGCUGAGUGUGGAACUGAGCACCUCCAGACCCACCCAGCAUCUGGGCAGGGUGAAAAGGGAGCCUCCACCUCGCCCUCCUCAGCCUGCCAUCUUCACUCAGAGUAAGUGGGGCUGCUCUUGGUGCCUUCGCCCCCGCCCCCGCCCCCUCUCUCCUCUCAUUUCUCUCCUCCUGGAAGAACCAACCUACGACCCUGUGAGUGAGGACCAAGACCCCCUGUCCAGCGACUUCAAGAGGCUGGGCCUGCGGAAGCCAGGACUGCCCCGUGGUCUGUGGCUCGCGAAGCCCUCGGCCCGGGUGCCGGGUACCAAAGCGGGCCGCGGGAGCAGUGAGGUCACGCUCAUUGACUUCGGUGAGGAGCCCGUGGUCCCGGCCCCAAGGCCCUAUGCGCCCUCACUGGCGCAGCUGGCCAUGGACGCCUGCUCCUUGCUGGACAAGACCCCGCCGCAGAGCCCCUCGCGGGCCCUGCCCCGACCCCUGCAUCCCACGCCGGUGGUGGACUGGGAUGCGCGCCCGCUGCCCCCGCCUCCUGCCUACGAUGACGUGGCCCAGGAUGAGGAUGACUUUGAGGUCUGCUCCAUCAACAGCACCCUAGUGAGUGCAGGGGUCUCUGCUGGGCCCAGCCAGGGCGAGACCAAUUACGCCUUUGUGCCUGAGCCGGCACGGCUCUUCCCUCCCCUGGAGGACAACCUGUUCCUCCCACCUCAGGGUGGGGGCAAGCCGCCCAACUCAGCCCAGACCGCAGAGAUCUUCCAGGCGCUGCAGCAGGAGUGCAUGCGACAGCUACAGGUCCCGGCCGGCUCUCUGGUCCCCUCGCCCAGCCCAGUGGGCGACGACAAGCCCCAGGUGCCCCCCCGUGUGCCCAUCCCCCCGAGGCCCACGCGCCCACGUGGGGAGCUGUCUCCAGCCCCCUCGGGCGAGGAGGAGAUGGGGCGGUGGCCUGGACCUGCCUCCCCUCCCCGGCUACCACCCCGGGAGCCCCUGUCCCCACAAGGCUCCAGGACCCCCAGCCCCUUGGUGCCACGCGGCAGCUCCCCGCUGCCACCCCGGCUCUCCAGCUCACCUGGGAAGACCAUGCCCACCACCCAGAGCUUUGCCUCAGACCCCAAGUAUGCCACACCCCAGGUGAUCCAGGCACCUGGCCCCCGGGCUGGCCCCUGCAUCUUACCCAUCGUCCGCGAUGGCAAGAAGGUCAGCAACACCCACUACUACCUGCUGCCUGAGCGCCCACCCUACCUGGAGCGCUACCAGCGCUUCCUGCGUGAGACCCAGAGCCCUGAAGAGCCGGCCCCCAUGCCUGUGCCACUGCUGCUGCCCCCUCCCGGCAUCCCAGCUCCUGCUGCCCCCACUGCCACCGUUCGACCAAUGCCUCAGGCUACCCCAGACCCCAGGGCUAACUUCACCAACACCAGCAACUCAGGGGCCCAGCCGCCAGCCCUGAGGGCCACUGCUCGGCUGCCACAGAGGGGCUGCCCUGGGGACGGGCCAGAGGCUGGACGGCCAGCAGACAAGAUCCAGAUGCUACAGGCCAUGGUGCAUGGGGUGACCACAGAGGAGUGCCAGGCGGCCCUGCAGAGCCACAGCUGGAGCGUGCAGAGGGCUGCCCAGUAUCUGAAGGUGGAGCAGCUCUUUGGUUUGGGUCUGCGGCCGCGAGGCGAGUGCCACAAAGUGCUGGAGAUGUUCGACUGGAACUUGGAGCAGGCUGGCUGCCACCUGCUGGGCUCCUGCGGCCCAGCCCACCACAAGCGCUGAGAUGUCUGGAGACCCAGAGGAUCUGCCCUGAAGGAAUCAUUUGAGCCUGUCCAUCUGACGAGGGUGGGGAGAUGCCUUGCCAGGCCUGGAGGACCUGCUGCACCUGCUGCUCCCAGUGGCAGAGCGAGGCCAAGGCAGCAGGAGGCUGGGAGCCCCGCCUUGCCUGUCCCUUCCUCACCCAGUGCUGUCCCUGCAACUUCGGAGCUCUCAGUGCACCCAGCUGAGGUGCAGGAGGGAGCCUCUUGAAGGCAGCCCUGGGGGCGGCCUCAGCAGGCCCUGUGGCUGACCUGCCUCUGGCUUCAGUCCCUGGUGGGGCCUGUAGCUGAAAUGUGUUGCCAGGCCCUGCCGGUGGGGAAGCCAGGCUUGACCCCGGGCAGGGAGAAUGUGCUGGCCAUGCAGAAAGGUGGACCAGCACCCAGGGCGUGGGGUGGGGGCCCUCCCCAGGGAGCCCCUGGCGGCAGUUGGGGUGUCAGACAGAAUGUGACUUGUGGCCUCACCAUGGACAUGUUAUGGGACUUGGCUGGUGUUAGGAUCUUGUGCCUGGAAAUAGCCUGAGGUGGCUCAGGUAGCAGAGCUAGGGUGCCAGAUUGUUCUCUGGCAGGGACCAGGGCCCAAGGCCCCAGGGUUGGAAGGAGACCAAGGGGGCAGCUGCCCUGGAGGGACACCAGUGCUUCCUCUUUGACCCAGCUCUUCCCCUGUGCUGUUCUUUGUUUUCCCACCAGCCUCUUGCCAAAGUUGCUGCCCCGACUGUGAAUAUCUGCUUCUUCCAGAGAAAUAAAGUUAGUUUUUAUUUUAUGUUA